AUGGCAAACAUUCUUAAAACCCACCCGACAUUCUGUAAGAAGUGUGGCAAGCACCAACCCCACAAAGUGAUGCAGUACAAGAAGGGCAAGGAUUCUCCAUAUGCCCAGGAAAAGUGGCAUUAUGACAGGAAGCAGAGCGGCUAUGGUGGGCAGACUAAGCUGAUUUUCUACAAAAAGGCUAAAAGUACAAAGAAGAUUUUGCUGAGGCUUCAGUGUGUUGAGACCAACUGCAGAUCUAAGAGAAUGCUGGCUAUGAAGAGAUGCAAGCAUUUUGAACUGGGAGGAAAUAAGAAGAUAAAGGGCCAAGUAAUAUCCAGUUCUAAGAAUCAUCUUUUGUUUUAUUAUGAAGAAAAUACAAUUUUGAUAUUAUGUUAA